GCCAUUAAUACUCUCUGUAUCUUCACCGAAAAAAAAAUAUUUAUUUCUCACAAACCAAACAGACCCUUAAAGAAUUCUCUGAAAUCUCGCCGGAAAAUCUCCAUCUCCGAUGAAGCUCCACAUCCUACCUUCCGUUUUCGGCAAGAACAGAGAGAGAUCGGAGCCCGUGGCGAGUUCUUGGCAAUGGAAUUCCUGCGCCGCCCCCGCCAAGACUCUGUCUUCCCGCUACGACUCCGCCGCCGCCGCCGCUCCGGGAGAGGGUAUGUUCAAGACGGCGAACUCCGGGUACCACGACCCGUCGUCGGAGGGCGCCGGGACGCCGGAGUCAUGGUUCACGCACAGCGCCUCGGAGUCGGCGGACUUCUCGACGGAGUCCGACGACGAGCGGAUCAUCAUCACCGGCGUCCGGUCGGACCGCCUGUUCUUCGACCGGAGCGGCACCAGCUCCGCCAUACAAGGAAACCCCAAGAAACAGAGACCCGAGAGGGAAGAACAGGGUAAAAACAGGGCAGGAAAGAAACCCGGGGUUUCGCCGGCGCCGUUCGAGAAGGGCGUGGCGGUGGCCAUGGAUUCCGGCGACCCGUACAUCGAUUUCAAGAAAUCGAUGGAGGAGAUGGUGGCGAGCAACGGAAUCAAAUCGCUGCAGGAGCUUCUGGGAUGGUACUUGAAGAUGAACGAGAAGGAGAAUCAUGGGUAUAUAGUCAGAGCAUUCAUGGAUUUGCUCAUUGGAAUUUCAUCUUCAUCUUCUUCAUCUUCUUGUUCUUCUUCGAUUUCUGCAAAUUCUGCAGAUUUAGUAAGAACAUCAUAUUCAUCUGCAGUUUCUUGUCUGUCAUCUCCUCCGGCUUCUCCUCUGUCAUCUGUGGAAGAAAGAUGAUUUUUCAAUGUAUAAUUCUAAGCUUUUCUCUGUAAAUUAGUAGGAAAACAAUGGAUGAGGAUUAACCCUUCAUUCUUUUUGUAACAAUUGUCUUUUUUAUUACUUGUAUUAGUACCUCCUUUCCACUCUCUUUGUCCACAUUUGACUUUUAGAAUUAUUCAUCUAAGUACUUUGACUCAUCAAAUUCUCUCAAUGUCUAAGCCUAAAUAUAGUCAUGUGUGAUCU